AAGCGGAAGCGGGCCUAGGCCGUCCCUUGAGCGGCCAUCUUGGAAGCUGAGCGGCGGUAGCAGCGGACAGGCUGCGGCGGGUGCGGUGGGCUAAGUCCCAGCGCGGGUGCGGCUCACGGCGCGGGCCCUACUCUUCCGCACCCUGCUCUGGCCUCGACCACGGCAAACCUGAACGCGGCAGCGGCCUCAGGGAGAGGUGAGCGCUCGCGGGCUGCGCGGGGCCUUGGGCCGCUCGUUCGCCCCGCCGGAGCCGGCUGCAGCGGCGGGCGGGGACUCGGGGACUCCACACGUCGGGUUCCAUUCGUUACGUCGCCGGCUGUGUCCGGACCCGGAGCGUCCCUGCGCGGACCCGAGGUGCUGGGCAAGUUGAGCUCUCUGGCCCACAUGGCUUCUGAAGCUAAGAACUUGGGGACAAUGCUUUCUGGAAGCAUUUCUUGGCCAUGCUGGACUGUAACCUUGUUCCUGGUGUGAGCAUUCUUGGAUGCAUCAGGCAAAAGCCCUUGAUUCUGCCAGAAAGAUGAGCAAUAACAGCAAUAAGAGAGCUCCAACAACAGCAACACAAAGGUUGAAACAGGACUACCUUCGAAUUAAGAAAGACCCAGUGCCUUACAUCUGUGCAGAGCCCCUCCCUUCAAAUAUUCUUGAAUGGCAUUAUGUUGUCCGAGGCCCUGAGAUGACUCCUUAUGAAGGUGGCUAUUAUCAUGGAAAACUAAUUUUUCCCAGAGAAUUUCCAUUUAAGCCUCCUAGUAUUUACAUGAUAACCCCCAAUGGAAGAUUUAAGUGUAACACAAGGUUGUGUCUCUCCAUCACAGAUUUCCACCCAGAUACAUGGAAUCCAGCAUGGUCCGUUUCCACCAUUCUAACAGGGCUCCUGAGCUUUAUGGUGGAGAAAGGCCCCACCCUGGGAAGCAUAGAGACAUCGGACUUCACGAAAAAACAGCUGGCAGCACAGAGUCUAGUGUUUAAUUUAAAAGAUAAAGUCUUUUGUGAAUUAUUUCCUGAAGUUGUAGAGGAAAUUAAACAGAAACAGAAAGCACAAGAUGAACUAAGUAACAGGCCCCAGAAUCUUCCUUUGCCAGACGUGGUUCCUGAUGGGGAGAUGCACCGUGGCCAGAAUGGGAUCCAGCUCCUCAAUGGGCAUGCACCUGCUGCUGGCCCAAACCUUGCUGGGCUCCCACAGGCCAACAGGCAUCAUGGACUCCUGGGCGGCGCUUUGGCGAACUUGUUUGUUAUAGUUGGGUUUGCGGCCUUUGCCUACACGGUCAAGUACGUGCUGAGAAGCAUAGCACAGGAGUGAGGUUCACAAGCCACAACCUACAGUUGCUGCUGAGGGACACAGGGGCCAGAGCUUGAUGCAGGCGUGAUGGAUAUGCUGCUGAGCACAGGGUGGCCUGCCGGACUCCUGGGCUUCACUUUUUAAAAACCUUAUAAAGAAAGCAAAAACCAAAAUGUGGUCUGGAGGAGAUUGGAGGUUCUUAACUCCCUCUUGAGGUUGACAUGGACAGUGCCACUCACGCUUUGGUUUUAUUGCUUAUCUCCUGUGUUGUCUUUUGAACCUGUUUAGUAAACCUGUUUUGUUUGUUUUGUUUUGUUUUGUUUUGUUUUUCAUUUUAUUAGAUUUGGUCACUUAAAAAUAUAAAACUUUAAUGCCUA